AUGGGCUAUGGUUGGCCAGAAAACCAGUGGCAGGUAUUUUGGCAGUGCUGCUCUCUUUGGGUAUUUGGCUGGCACAACAUGAGGUCGGUUCCACUGACGUUGACAUGUGCAGUGCUUUACAUUAUAGUACUGACCUUGUCAUUCAUUCGAUGUAAUCAUGUCAUGUUGAGGUCUCUUUUGGAUUUGGAUGUCGCAGCUAUUUGGCCGUGGGGCAUGCGAUUGCCCCAACCCAUGGCGACCGAAAAGCGGUUCAGCAAAGCCGAUACCGGAGAGACGGAGAACGCUCAUAGCGAGUCACCCUUAGCAGAGUCGCCCCCUGUGGCGAUUUCACUGGCAGCCCUUCACAAACGGUCAUCUCCCUUGAACUUGAGCCAUCAGAGCUUAUCCCAUGGCCUGGAUAGCGCUCGCCGGCUUGAUGCCUUGGAAUGGCUGGUGCAGGCCUUUGAUGCGCUGGACCUGGCAGAUGAGCAGCUCUUCACCGCCAUCGGCUUGCUGGACCGAUUCGCCGCCGCCUCGACGUCGCCCAUUGCGCCGGGGACCGGGGCAUUCGCUUUGGUCCUGGCGGCGAUGCUCAUCGCCCUCAAGGUCUCCGGCUUUAAGAAGGACUUGGAACGCGCCCGGAAGUUGGUCGUCGAGGUCUCUGGGAGCUCCAGGCCCUGGGCCGCGGUGCGAAAGGCGGAGCUGAACAUCUUGCGGAAGCUCGGCUUCCGCGCUUGCACUCCAACGUCCUAUCACCUUUUGGAUCGCCUGAUUGCGGACACACUACAUCAUGAGACGCCCGCAGAGCCGUGGGACAAGGAAAGUAAGACGCGCUGCAGUAAUCUUGCUCGCUUCUUGCUGGAGAUGUGUAUCAUCUAUGACCCAGAAGCGUUGUACAGCUCGGGUCGGCCACCCUUGCUUAGCGCUGUGUCAGCGCUGCUCUUAAGUCUUCUGGCCCAUGGUGCGCCCAGACACUAUGCCCAGAUGCUGGGGGAUGCCAUUCACCUCACUGAGUCGAACCGGUCGACACUGACCGAGAUCGCCGAAGCGAUGCGGAACCGAUGGGCCAUGGAGGAGGAGAAAAACGGGAUGGGUGGCAAUGCCAUCGUCCUUGACAAGUGGAACCGGCGCCGGGGCUCCUUCGAAGUGUCGCCUCCACCCGCUUUUGAUUUGCGGGCCUUGACAUCUGGGAUUCAGAUGCCCAAAGAGAAGAGCUUGGUUGGCAAGGCGAUCGUGCCGCCCAGCCCCCCCAAGCCGCAGCGCCGCCUCAGCGGUGCUGAAGUGCUCUCCGCGCUGCCAACGCCUGCGCGGCGUGCGCGCGUGGGAGAGGCCACCUCCAGCUCUCAACCCAGAAGCCAGCCGCCCAGAGUCAAGAAGGAGGAUCUUCAACGGGCCAACGUGGCUGUGGUGACAAAGGAGGAGGACAAGAGGCACCAGGAAAACCGGCACUUUUGCCAUUGGCCAAUGCCAGCUACAGCAACAGCAGCUACGGCAUCAGCUUCAGCAUCAGGAGGAGAUCCAGAGGAGGGCACAGAGCCGCUGCUGGAGCUCACCCAUGUGUUGAAUAUGGUGGCACCCCGUCCCUCUCAGAAGCUUCAAACCCUCCAAGCCCCCUCCGUGGCUGCUGAGCUUUUGGUCUCCAGCGCCUUGCGGAUGCAUUGGCCGGCGGACAAGCGCCGCCUGGCGCCAAAGGACGCAGCUAGCACCUGCCGCGAGGCGGCCUCUGUCUUGCAGGAGGCCAUUUCACAGCUCACCAGUGCUGCACAGAUCUUUGAGACUGGGGGACCCCCAGUGCGAGAGAUCGUCAAGGGCCGCACGGAGACAAAGCGCCGCCGUACCUAUGCUGGUCCUCCCCCAGGGGCGCCGGGUGCUGUUUCACCGCCAGUGAGCACCUGCAGCGUGCUGAGCAGCAGUAUAGUGCGAGCAUCAUCCACGGCUUACCGAGGAAGCCCACCCAUCGUUCGCACCGGUGGCGGACUGCGAGUCUAA